AUCGCGCGCGAGGCGGGCUACAGGCUCGUGUGGAUCGACUCGUGCUGCAUCGACAAGGCCAGCAGCUCGGAGCUCUCCGAGGCGAUCAACUCGAUGUUCGAGUGGUACAGUGAGGCAGACGUUUGCUAUGCUUACCUCGCAGAUGUGCCCGACGACGAGGACCCGAGGUUGCUAGACUCCGUGUUCCGUGAGAGCAGAUGGCAUCGGCGCGGGUGGACGCUCCAGGAGCUCAUCGCGCCCGAGCGGGUCAUUUUCCUGUCCUGCACAUGGCGCUUUCUGGGGACGAAGACCGGGCUGGCGUCGACGCUGGAGCAGAUCACCAACGUCGACUUCGCGAUCCUGACCGGGCGGACGACGCUAACCUCCAUCAGCGUGGCGAAGCGCAUGUCCUGGGCAGCCACGCGCUGGACGACGCGCGUCGAAGACCGCGCGUACUCGCUCCUGGGCCUCUUCGGCGUGCACAUGUCCCCGAUCUACGGGGAGGGCGCGAACGCGUUCCUGCGCCUGCAGGAGGAGAUCAUCAAGACGAUCCCGGACCAGAGCAUCUUCGCCUGG